AUGGGUUCCCAGCAUGGCAAUGUGGCUCAGCCCAGGUCUGAGAAGCACCAAAAUACAUUCACCUUCAAAAAUGACAAGUUCAAUAAGAGAGGUCAGACCAAGAAAAAUAAUGCAAAAUUUCAUGAUGGAGUUGGUCAGCACUGAAAACAAGUUCUUGAAUGGUGUGUAAAAUACAAACCACUGUCAAAGCCUAAGAAGUGUGUUAAAUGUUCACAAAAGACAGUGAAUGACUCUUUCAUAUAA